GUCGCUGGCGUGGCAUGGCGUGUGACACGCGUGUGCCCGGGCUGCUGGAGGCCCUGUGUGUGUACCAGUGGGGGGAUCUAACAAAUUCCCGCCUCUCUCCAGGAGGUCGAAGAUCGCAGUGGAUCAGAGAGUGUCGAAUCUGGAAAAGAAUGAGCGAUUAUUUUCCCGUGACGCUGGUGAAAACUGCGGAGCUGGAUCCCAAGAGGAACUAUGUCCUCGGAUAUCACCCGCACGGGAUCUUGUGCGUUGGGGGCUUUGUCAACUUCUGCACGGAGGGGACCGGGUUCUCCCAGGUUUUCCCGGGAAUCACUCCGCAUAUGGCCACGCUAAACGGCCUGUUCCACCUGCCCGUCUACAGGGAGUUCCUGCUCAGCUCAGGAGCGUGCCCAGUCAGCAAGGAGGGUCUGGGCCACAUCCUGGGGGUGGGGGCCGGGGGGGAGGCGCUGGUGAUCGUGGUGGGGGGGCGCGGCCGAGUCCAUGGCCGUCCGUCCACACACACACGCGGUGCUGCUCAAGACCGCAGCGGCUUCAUACGUGUGGCCCUGGAACACGGGGCAGACUUGGUUCCUGUCUACUGUUUCGGAGAGACAGCGCUCUACGACCAGGCCUACUUCGAGCCCUCGAGCUGGGCCGGCCGCCUGCAGCGGGGGUUUCAGAAGGCGGUGGGGUUUGCCCCGUGUGUGUUCCGUGGCCGAGGCCUGCUCCCUCCCCGCUCCUGGGGCCUCCUGCCCUUCUCCAGGCCCCUCACCACCGUGGUCGGAGCCCCCAUCCGUGUGGAUAAGACCCCCAGCCCAUCGCAAGAGGACAUUGCCCGAUAUCACGCCCUCUACCAGCAGGCCCUGCGCCAACUAUUUGACCAGCACAAGGUGCGGUGCGGACUGCCAGAGAAUGCCGCCCUGACCAUCUACUGACCCCUGGAUCAGUCCACGGGGAACAGGCCCUUCGGCCCUUCCAGCGAGUCCGUGCCGACCAGCCACCGCCCGCUUGAAGGAGAGUCUCGACCUGAAACGUCGAAUGUUCCUCCUCUCCAGGGACUCUGCCCGAGUUACUCCAGCACUUUGUGCCUCUCUUCGGUUUAAACUAGCACCUGCAGUUCCUUCCUAAACAUCACCCCGUUAGCUUAGUUUAGUUUAGAGACAUAGAAAUAUAGAAACAUAGAAACAUAGACAAUAGGUGCAGGAGUAGAGGCCAUUCGGCCCUUCGAGCCUGCACCAUUCGCCAUUCAAUGUGAUCAUGGCUGAUCAUCCAACUCAGUAUCCCAUCCCUGCCUUCUCUCCAUACCCCCUGAUCCCUUUAGCCACAAGGGCCACAUCUAACUCCCUCUUAAAUAUAGCCAAUGAACUGUGUGUGGCCUCGACUACCCUCUGUGGCAGAGAAUUCCACAGAUUCACCACUCUCUGUGUGAAAAAAGUUCUUCUCAUCUCGGUUUUAAAGGAUUUCCCCCUUAUCCUUAAACUGUGUGUGUGGCCCCUUGUCCUGGACUUCCCCAACAUUGGGAACAAUCUUCCUGCAUCUAGCCUGUCCAACCCCUUAAGAAUUUGUUAAGUUUCUAUAAGAUCCCCUCUCAAUCUUCUGAAUUCUAGCGAGUA